GGGCUUUGGGCCAUAGCUCAGGGGCAGGGCAUCUGCUUUGCACCCUAAAGGUCCUGGGUUCAAUCCCUGGGAUCUCCAGGCCGGGCUGGGAAAGCGUGACACUCUGGACAACGGCUGCCAGUCUGGGUGGACAAUACUGAGCUGGAUGGAGCAACGAUCUGGCAUCUUCCUCUGUUCCUCAGAGGGCCUAUAAGGAAGUGCAGAUACAGCCUAGUGGUGAAGCCAAGGAGACUUUCUGGAAGAGAUGCAUGCAAGCUGGAGGAAACCUGAGCUCCGUCAGGCUGGCCCAGCAGCUUCAGAUCUCAGGAGGGUUACCAUCUUGGUCGCUGGGAUCCCCACAUCUCACUGACUGAGGGGGGCAGACAAACAGCAGGAAGGGGCAUCUGGCCCCCAAAUGCAGGGACUGGCAACAAACUCUCCCACUGCAGCAAGCAAGCGAGCUAGGUGGCUAGCCAGGCGGUGAAACCAGCCUCGUCAACGCCUGCCUCAUCCAACAGCUGGGAGCCAAGGAGGAGUCUGGAGGUGGGAAGCCUUCCUGGAGGUUCACGCUCUGUGCUGGAUAGCCUUUUGCCCAGAGGUCAGCAGCAGCACAACAGGAAGCCACGCGGCCCUGGCUCGGACGGCUGGCAGCGACGCCGCAGAGAGCCCCGCCGAGCGCAGAGGGGUCCCCUUGGCCUGCCUUCUGCUCAGCAGCCCUCGUGGCCGCAGCAUCAACGCCGCUGUCAAUGGAAGCCAGACCGGAGCUGGGAAGCGGCUGCUGUUCCCUAGCAGGAAGAUGUUGUGAGGAAACGGCCAACUUGGCAUGGAGCAGAACCGGCUCUUCCUCCUCCUCACUGUAUUCCUGCUCCAUAUGAAUUUAUCCAGGAUGAGUCCCACACGGCUGGUAUGUGACCGGCGGCUAAUCCAGAAAUACAUCACUGAAGCCAUGGAUUUGGAGGAGAAAGUGAGCCAGUGCAAAGAGUUCCCUUUCCUCCAGCAGCCUGUGCACCUGCCAUUGGUGGGUUUCAGCCUCCGACAGUGGAUGGCAAAGACAAAUCAGGCCAAAGGGCAAGACGUUUUCCGUGACCUGGCAAAGCUGGUAGAUGGCACAGCAGCGGCGCAAGAGCAGCUGAGGCAGGAAUGUGCCUUUCCGCUGCUCCAGCAGCUUUUCGAGAGAGGCAGCUCCUUCCUUCUUCACCUACGAAACUUCGGGUGGCAGGAACAGGAGUCUACUGAGCAGCCAGAGACAGUCGCCCAAUUAAUUCCAACAAGAAAUCUUAGGACAAUCUUCCAGACCUAUAAACAGCUCAUGCGGGGAAAGCUACACUUCCUCUUCCACGAUUUGUGGAAAGACUCCUGCGGCGGGGAAGAUCAUCACAGGGCGGCCAACCCUGCACAGCAUCCUCCCAGUCUGGUCACCUCAAGGGACCACUGAAGGACCCUGUGGGCUGCCGGUCUGAAUCUUCAAGGGAGAGGCAACAUGAGUAGCAGGCCCUCUGGUGGCCAGGAGUGGAAGAGCAAGCCCGACCAAGCCCUCUAAGGAGGCAAGAGGAAGGAGUACAGGAAUGGCAUCAGAGAGGUCUGGACCCUCCUCACUAAAGAGCGGCUUGCUUUAGCUGCCUGCAGAAAAGGGCUUCCAGAGCCGAGCAAAUCCAACUAUGUUAUUGGAAGGACCAUCCUAUCAAUGGCUCAUGGCCACAAUGGCCCCGCUGUCGGAGGCAGUAUGCGCUCGUAUAUCAGUUGCGGGGAUCACCAGUGGGGAGAGGGAUGGCACUCUCAGGUCCUGCUUAUGGUCUUCCCAGAGGCAUCGGAUUAGCCACUGCAAGAAAAAGAUGGUGGACUAGAAGGACCGCUGGCCUGAUCCAGGAUGCUUUUUAUGUCCAACCCCAUUCAUCGGCUUGCUUGGGCAGGGUGCUGCCUGGGAUUCUAGCAGUCCCAGCGUGCUUUGUGCAAACCCAGAAGCAACUCCCUUUACAGAGAUGAGCACUUUUCUUUCCAAGAGGUCACGAUGGAUUUCACUCCCAUAUGAAGAACAAGGUCACCUUCCCAACCAGCCAUUGUGUCGUGGAGGAUUUUCUGGGCCUGAUUACAGGGUGCUUAUUCAGCCCUCCACUUUUCUUUUUUGCAGAGAUGCUGCUGACUACUUCUAUUUAAAAAUGACACAUACAUUUAUUGUGACCAGCAGAAACUGGAAAUGUCUGUCAAUGAGCUACAGAAGCCCAACGACUUGCAUCUGGGUCCUUGUGACUGUGGGUCCAAUAUCAGUCCACUGGUUAACUGGUUUGGGUAUGCCAGUGAACUUGAAUCAUAGAAUUGGAAGGGACCUAUGAGACCAUCAAGUCCAACCCCCUGCUCAAUGCAAUGAGAGCCAAUGGACAAAAUCAUUACAAUAACUUUGUUGGCGAUUAACUCUAUACCAAGAUACAAAUCUAUGGUGCAGCCACAUUUGGAAUGCUGCAUACGGUUCUGGUUGCCUCGCCUAGGAAAGGUUCAAAAAAUGGCAACCAAAACAGUCGAGGGGCUGGAACAACUCGCUUAGGAGGAAAGGUUACAUUUGGGGCUUUGUAGCUUGGAAAAACAGGUGUGCAAGGGGGAAACAUGACAGAGGUGUACGAUUACAUGUGGUGUGGCAAAAGUGGACAGCAAGACAGUUUUCUCCCUUUCUCACAACACUAGAACUUGUGGACGUCCAAUGAAGCUGAAUGCAGGGAAGUUCAGGACAGACAAAAGAAAGUCAUUCUUCACACAGCGGAUAGUCAAACUAUGGAAUUUGCUCCCACAAGAGCAGCAAUAGCCACGGACUUGGAUGGCUUUAAAAAAAGGUUUAGGCAAAUUAACGGCCGGUAGGUCUAUCGAGGGCUGCUAGCCAUGAUGGCUAUGCUCUACCUCCACCAUCAGAUGCAGUAUGGCCUGGAAUAUCAGUUGCUGCAAACCUCAGGAGGGGAGAGGGCUAUUGCACUCGGGUCCUGCUUGAGGGCUUCCCAUGAGGGCAUCCGGUUGGCAAUGUGAGAACAGGAUGCUGGACUAGAUGGGCCGCUGGCCUGAUCCAGCAGCCAAGGUCUUCUUACCUGCCUCAAGAGGACGAAAAGGAGUGGCAAAGUGUUUUCGAUGAAGGGUGGAGAGGCAGCAGUCUCCUUCAGCCAUUUCAAAGCCACAUGCAAGGGCAUUGCGAGAAGGGUGUGAGCCCGGAGCUGCCCUCCCUGUCCCGAUCCACUCCAUGAAGGCCUGGAGGAGAAGUCUUCGCAGGGUUUGACUGAACACUGGAAGCUGCCUGACGCUGGUCCAUCUAGCUCAGUAUUGUCUCCACUGACUGGCAGUGGCUCUCCAGGGUUACAGGCAGCCCCACCUGGAGAUGCUGGGGACUGAAUUGGGGACCUCCUGCAUGCAAAGCAGGUGACCUGCCACUGAGCUGUGGCCCUUUCCCAAUGCCUAGAAUUCUCCCCACGAUCAGAAACCCUGACACUGCAGGAUUUCCAGCUGCAGGGAGGCUUCUAACCGCAUGGAGCCAAACGUACUUAGCAUCCCCUUGAAGGCCUUCCGCUGUCUGGGGUGGAGCGAGGCAGGGCUGACUCUGUACCACGUUGUUGCCACAUGGCUGGGAACGAGGUUGGCCCAAGACGUCAUGGCAAAGGGCUAAGUAGCAUGCACACCCCACACACAGAAGCUGAUUGGACCAACAGCUGAGCCUUACAUGGACCCUGGGAAUGGAAGAGCAUCCUCCAUUGCACCUGAGGGCUAGUUUAGUGGGUCUACAGAGGAAGCUGCCUUAGACUGUGUUGGCCCAUUGGUCCAUCUGGCUCAGUACGUCUACACUGACUGGUAGCAGCUCUCCAGAGCUUCAUACAGGGAGCGUCUCCCAGCCCUACCUAGAGAUGCUUCCAGGGAUUGAACCUGGGACCUUCUGCCUGCAAAAUGGAUGCUCCAUCACUCAGCUAUGGCCCUUCCUCAAAGGGCCGGCCGUGCAGGGCACACACAGCUCUAAGCUCCCAACACCUCACCGCUCUUGCCUUCCCCACAUCUGCCACUCAAAGCAGCUGCCUCCCUCUGCCCAAUGGUAGGGCCAGCCCUGGCUCAACACCUGAAGACAGCUGGAGUAUUUGGUUAGAAUGGGGCAAUGCACGAUGCAUUUUAGAGAUGUCUCCAAGCUUCUGCUCUCCUCCUGCUGGUUCACCGCUCCCGUAGCCAGCAGGCAGUGUGGGCAAGUGUAAAAUAGGAACGGCUGGUUUCUCUCAGCAGGCGCUGUGGCAGGCAACACCAGAUCGCUAAGGGAAACACCUCUCAUCUGCCUGUGGUCACUUUACAUCCUUCUGCCCAUGAGUGGCAACAAGAGGCUGUUGUCCUCCACCCAUGACACAGCAUGGCACAGUACCCAUCAAAAAGGGAGGCCGGUUAUGAUGCUUCCCGAGACUGCGCCAGAACUGGCCCUUACGCGGACUCUGCCCCGGAAGAGUUCGAGGGAAGGCUUUCUAUGCGUGAUAUUGCCACAAUCAAGACUUACGCUUUUUUAAAAAAUAAAACAGAGUUCCAUUA